ACGCCGGCUGGUCUACUGCGAAAACCAGGCUGACAUUGCUUUCCCUUUGUUUAUACGAUUGCUUCGAUUUGGCCCAGAAACUGCAUCUAUAGUGAACGUGACUGGCAAAAGGAAACCAACAGUUCCCAACCGAUCGACAUCCGAUCCCGCACCCAAGUUUCCAGUUUCCAGCUGCAGUGCUUUGUUCAGUGACGCCCCACUUGCCGUUCGACCAAGUCGCGUGAGCUGCCUUUGAAAAGUACUCAUCAUGGGUAUCGAGAAAAUUCUACCAUGCACCCUCCGGCUGAACAAGCUUAUGAGCUUGGCGGGCAGCGAUUGCCUGUGCAUCAUCGACCGUGAUGCGGUUCCCAGUGAACUAAAAGAGGCCUUCGAGGAGCACCGCAGCUUUGACAAGUCCUUCGACAGCAGCAUAUCCUGUUUCAAGGCUCCUAAUGUCGAUCAGCCGGUGGUCUAUGCCCCUGUCUCCAACCUCACUGAUUACGACGAUGUGAGGAGCUACCAGGAGGCAGCCAAGAAGUCAAUGGAGAAGGUGCUCAAGGCUGGUUUCCAAACCCCACUGCUUUUUGUGCCCAAGGUUAAGCGCUUCCCUCAGGCCGAGCUCUGCACCGUUCUCGGUGCCCUGGAGCAGCUUUAUGUGCCCAUUCAACUGCGCGAGGCAGGAACUAGCAAGGACGCUCGCGUGACCACGCUUAGUGUUCAGAUCGAUGAUCCAAAAGCUGAUGCGAUUUUCCAGGAAGCUCUCAUUCUUGAGGCUGGCCGCUUUGUCGCCCGUGACAUCGGAGUUGGAGACCCAGAGCGCAUGGCGCCCAUUCAGGUGGAGAAGUACAUCAAACCCCUGUUCGACAAGUUGAACGUGAAUGUGGUCAGUGAUAAGAAAAUUCUGGAGAAGGAGUAUCCCCUGUUUGCGGCUGUGAACCGCGCUGCCGAUGCCGUAGAGCGUCACCGUGGUCGCAUUAUUUUCCUGGAGUACAAGCCUCCAAAGCCAGCUAGGAAAACUCUGAUGCUGGUAGGCAAGGGUGUGACCUAUGACACCGGUGGCGCUGACAUCAAGGCUGGAGGUGUGAUGGCCGGUAUGUCGCGCGACAAGUGUGGAGCAGCUGCUGCCGCUGGUUUUAUGCAGGUGGUCACUCAACUUCAGCCAGAGGAUGUCCACGUAGUAGCCGCCUUGUGCAUGGUCCGCAAUUCCGUGGGCGAGGAGUGCUAUGUGGCCGAUGAGAUCAUUACCUCACGAGCUGGUCUCCAUGUGAGGAUAGGAAACACCGAUGCCGAGGGUAGAAUGUGCAUGACUGACGCUCUUUGCCGCAUGAAGGAGAUGGUCGUGGAGCAGAAUCUCCCGGAUCCUCAUCUGUUCACCAUAGCCACUUUGACAGGACACGCUUUUAUUUCGGCUGGCGAGGGUCAAUCGAUUGCCAUCGAUAACAGCGUUGCCCACCGCGAGGACCAUGCCAGAAAGCUGCAGGCUGCUGGGCAGGCCUUUGGAGAACCCUUCGAGGUUUCCGUUCUCCGUCCCAGUGAUUUUGCUUUCAAUGCUGGCAAGGUGAUUGGCGAGGAUCUGGUGCAGGCCAAUAACGCCCCGUCGGUAAACCCCCGCGGUCACCAGGUGCCCGCUGCCUUCAUGAUCAUGGCUUCUGGUCUGGACAAACAUGGACUGGACUCGAAGCUGCCCAUCAAGUAUACCCACAUCGAUAUUGCCGGCAGUGCUGGUGAACAUCCAGCGAUGCCGACAGCUGCACCUCUGGUUUCCCUGGUGAAGACCCAUCUACAGAAGUAAAUCCUUCCCAGAUUGCAUUCCCGGAAGCCCCAAACCGUACUUAGACAUCAAUAUGCAUAGCUAACCAACAAUAUUAUUUUUCUGUCCACUAAAAUGCAUCACCGUUAUAUCAAUAAAAACAACAUAUAUCCA